AUGAGACGAACUAUAGUCCGGUACGUUUGCCUCUGCAUUACAAUGGUUUUCAUAAAUAUCUCUCCGCGUGUGAAGAGGCGCUUUCCAACGCUCCAGCAACUCGUAGAGGCUGGACUCCUCACGGAAAACGAACGUGCAAUAAUAGCAAACAUGAAUGAACGUUUUCCGCGUCCUUCGAAGCACUGGAUGCCAAUAGUUUGGGCAGCAAGUAUCGUGACGCGUGCCCGGAAAGAAGGAAGAAUACGUGAUGAUUUUGCCGUAAAGUCAAUGAUUGAUGAAUUAAAUAAGGUCCGCCUAAAAUGCGGGAUUCUUAGUGAAUACGACACCAUCAGUAUACCUCUCGUGUACACGCAAGUAGUCACCAUAGCUGUCUAUUCGUACUGCUUUGCAACCAUUAUGGGUAGUCAGUGGCGUGACUAUGAUGACGAAAUUAAUGGCUUCUCAAUUCCACUGAAUUUCCCCUUUUUCGCAACCCUCCAAUUCUUCUUCUACAUGGGAUGGCUGAAAGUAGCUGAAGUCCUCAUUAAUCCCUUUGGGAAGGAUGAUGAAGACUUCGAAGUGAACUGGAUGGUGGAUCGGAAUCUCCAGGAAACAUACAUGAUUGUCGAUUUUAUGCACGAUGAACAUCCCGAGCUGGUUAAGGAUCAAUACUGGGAUCAAGUCUUCCCUAGCGAGCUACCUUACACAGAGGAAACAAAAGAAUUCCGCGAACAACCACCGAAAUCAUCAACUGCUGACAUUGAAGUCCAGAAAACACCUUCGAAGACUUCAGUGGACAUCAAAACGGUUGGUACUAGAAGUCUUAUUCUUUAGUUAGUUUAUAUAAACUGUUAUUGGAUUUCUGUGGCUGUUUUCAAUAUGGCUCUUUGCCUAAGGAGACAUACUUCGUCAGUUUUCUCAGCCUUGCUUCAUCAAGCAGGCCUCUGGCUUGCUUUAUCAAAGCUUCCCUCUGAUUUGCUUCUAAUACCUAAUAAUUCAAUCAAAUUCAUUAAUUUCAAACAGA